AUGCAUUUCCUGUUCCUUCUCUUGGUGACCUUGCUUCAAUCUCCUCCUGCUAGAGCUGGGGAAAUUAUUGGAGGCCAGGAGGCAAAACCCCUUUCCAGGCCAUACAUGGCAUAUCUGAAGUACAGCAAAAAUAAUGAAGAAUAUACAUGUGGUGCUUUCCUGAUUCAAGAAGACUUUUUGCUGACAGCAGCUCACUGCUGGGGAAGUUCAAUAAAUGUCACUCUGGGGGCCCACAACAUCAAGAAGUCAGAAACGACCCAGCAACAGAUUCCUGUGCUCAGAGCUAUUCCCCAUGAAAAAUAUGACAGCAAGACCUUCAACAAUGACAUUAUGCUAAUAAAGCUGAAGGAGAAGGCUAAGCUGACCAGAGCUGUUGGGCUCUUGGCCUUGCCCAGGAGGAAGAACAGUCUGAGGCCUAGGAUGCGUUGUAUUGUGGCAGGCUGGGGGUGUGACCUCGAGGAGAAAUAUCCAGACACACUUCAGGAGGUGGAGAUAAAAGUGAGGAAGGAGCAAGAGUGCAUGGCCCAAUACCAUGGAGAGUACAAGGUCUCUACCCAGAUUUGUGCUGGAGAUCCAGAACACCAAAAGGCUUCCUUUAAGGGAGAUUCUGGAGGUCCUCUUGUGUGUGACAGAGUGGCCCAGGGCAUUGUCUCCUAUGGAUGUGAAGAUGGGACAUGCCCCCAAGUCUAUACCCGGAUCUCCAGCUUCUUAGGAUGGAUCAAGAGAACAAUGAAUGCACACAAGUACUAA